AUGAUAUCCGUCAAAACUCUUCUGUUUCUAUUUGAUAUUAUCAUUUCAAUUAAUAGUGGAUUAUGUCUAGAUAAUGGAUUGGCUAGAACACCACCAAUGGGUUGGAUGUCAUGGCAACGUUUUCGAUGUCAAAUUGAUUGUCAAGAAUAUCCAUAUGAUUGUAUUAGUGAAAAAUUAAUUCAACGUACUGCAGAUAAAUUAAUUUUAGAUGGUUGGAGAGAUUUAGGUUAUAAAUAUAUAAUAAUUGAUGAUUGUUGGCAAUCUCGAGAAAGAGAUAAGAAUACAAAUGAAAUUAUAGCAGAUCCUAAUCGAUUUCCUAAUGAUUCAGAAGCGAAGGUUGUGGUGCUUGGGCACGUUGCUGAGGGAUAUAACAGUUUGGAACGUAAGGAUAGGAAGGAGAUUUGUGAGUGAAUGACUGGAUUCGGAGUUUGACAAGCCAAGGAGCUGGCGAUAUAAAAAUUCCUGAGCACAAAACUGGCUCCAUUACAUCACCCACUUAUGUCCACUACAACCUUAUGUAUAGACGACUAGAAUAGUUUACAAUGAAGUCUAG